CAUUCGGUUCUUGUUGCUUAAAGCGGGCGGUACGUUUCGCGGCUUUUCAGUAAAAAGUGAGUUGACUUUCUAAAUUUUUGGUAAUUGGAAAGUGGCAACAAUACAACCGAUUUCGUUUACCGCCGUCUAUUAAAAUAAGUCCAACACAAUGGGAAUUAAAUUCCUGGAGGUUAUCAAGCCCUUUUGCAGUAUAUUACCCGAAAUUGCAAAGCCUGAGCGUAAGAUUCAAUUCAGAGAAAAAGUACUAUGGACAGCUAUAACUCUGUUCAUCUUCUUGGUCUGCUGCCAAAUCCCACUGUUCGGCAUCAUGAGCUCCGACUCAGCAGAUCCCUUUUACUGGAUUCGCGUCAUCCUCGCCUCGAAUCGUGGCACACUUAUGGAAUUGGGUAUUUCGCCCAUUGUUACCUCCGGCCUGAUCAUGCAGCUGCUUGCGGGCGCUAAAAUCAUUGAGGUCGGCGAUACGCCCAAAGAUCGUGCGCUUUUCAAUGGUGCCCAAAAGCUAUUUGGCAUGGUCAUAACCAUUGGUCAGGCUAUUGUCUAUGUGAUGACUGGCAUGUAUGGUGACCCGGCGGAAAUUGGCGCAGGCGUCUGUCUGCUGAUCAUCAUUCAACUGUUUGCUGCCGGUCUGAUUGUUCUGCUGCUCGACGAGUUGCUGCAGAAGGGUUAUGGCUUGGGUUCGGGCAUAUCGCUCUUCAUUGCAACAAAUAUUUGCGAGACCAUUGUGUGGAAGGCGUUCUCACCCACUACAGUGACGACGGGACGUGGCACAGAAUUUGAGGGCGCCGUAAUUGCUCUCUUCCAUCUGAUGGCCACCCGCAAUGAUAAAGUACGUGCGUUGCGUGAAGCGUUCUAUCGCCAGAAUCUGCCCAACUUGAUGAAUUUGCUGGCUACCGUGCUGGUGUUUGCUGUCGUUAUCUACUUCCAAGGCUUCCGCGUGGAUUUGCCUAUUAAGAGCGCCCGUUAUCGCGGCCAAUACAGCAGUUAUCCGAUUAAGCUAUUCUAUACUUCGAACAUUCCAAUUAUUCUGCAAUCGGCGUUGGUUUCCAACUUAUACGUCAUCUCUCAGAUGUUGGCCGUUAAGUUCCAAGGCAACUUCUUCAUCAAUUUGCUCGGCGUGUGGGCUGAUGUUGGUGGUGGUGGUCCAGCUCGCUCCUACCCCAUCGGCGGCCUCUGCUACUACCUGUCGCCGCCAGAGAGUGUGGGCCACAUACUGACAGAUCCUAUACACGCACUACUCUACAUUGUCUUCAUGUUGGGCUCCUGUGCGUUCUUCUCAAAGACCUGGAUCGAUGUGUCUGGCAGCUCAGCGAAGGAUGUUGCCAAACAACUGAAGGAACAACAUAUGGUUAUGCGUGGUCAUCGCGAGAACUCAAUGAUUCACGAGCUUAAUCGUUAUAUUCCCACGGCGGCUGCCUUCGGCGGUCUCUGCAUUGGCGCACUGUCGGUCAUGGCCGAUUUCCUGGGCGCCAUUGGCUCAGGUACUGGUAUCCUGCUCGCCGUCACGAUCAUCUACCAAUACUUUGAGAUAUUCGUUAAGGAACAAUCUGAAAUGGGUGGCAUGGGCACGCUGCUGUUCUAAGCGGUAAUCAAUCCAACAAAAAUACUUCAUCAUACUCUUCACAUGAUCGCUCGCCCAUUUUUAAAAUAAAAUUUUGUACUGUUUAAUAAGAUCAGUUCGGUUUCCAAA